AUGAAGAUAUAUUUUGAUACUAACUUUUCACCACGAGCCUUAUUUCUCGAAGAAUAUAAGAAAAUUAUGGCAUCAAAAUUCAGCCCGUUGUUAACGAAAAUUUGCCAACCAAGCAAUAAUAUGACUGAUGAUUAUGAAAAUAUCUAUCGACUCAUUAUUUGUGGGGCCAUAAUAUUUUCUGGACAGGAUUCUUCUAAGAGUUUAGCUGAAGUACAGGAGGUUACUUCUAUUGUGCAGACAUAUUUAACACUAGAGGAUAUGCAGGAUUUUUGUUCCUUGCAACCUAAUGUUCGAAAAGAGAAAUUUUUCCACCUCAUCAAUCUUGUACUAGGAACUCGGGUAUAUAAUUUCAGCCUAGGUUUUGGUGCCGUGGGCUUCGAUAACUUGACUGAACUAACAGGGCAAGCUCUGGCAGCAACUGUGGUAACAAUAGAUGAGUAUCUAAAAGAAAUACGGGGUUGCGCCAAUAUAUCUACACUUCUCUACAUUAGAUUCAUGAUGAGUGAUUGCUAUGUCACGCCCCAAUCACUUGAAGAAGUCGAUGAGCUCGGUUUUCCUCCGAGUCUUUUAAGAAGCGUAGCUAUCAACGCGAGACAGUUGAUUCAGUAUGUCUGUCAACUGCGUGACGAACUAGUUGAAAUAGUGGAUGAUCACCAACGGGAUGAAAGAUGCUUAGAUGAAAUUCUUGGAGAGGUAUUUAGCUGUCUCAGAGCUGGCAACAAUCCCUCAAGCGCCGAUCUGCAGAAACAGAUACUUGAGCUGGCAAGAGUUUGGACAAGACUCAAGGAAAAUUUGGCGUAUAUAGCAAUGAUUGCAAAUGUUUUGAAAAGCCUGAAAGAGUACAGUUUUGAGCCAUUUAUCCAACUAGGUGCAUCUGAAUUUCUUAAACGUUUUCUCGAGACGGAUAUUUCAAGCGAUGAUCAACAGAAGGAGGCAAUAACUCGCAUUAUUCCCAGAGAAGAAAACAGAUCAAAAUGGAUCUUUCCAACAACUAGUUCUUAUGGACAAAUUGAUCUUAACGGAUUCUGUGCCUGGUCUCUUGUUCGUUAUAAGGGUCUCCCAGUUCCUUGUUCUCCUAAAAUAGGCGUUUUCGUGCAGGGUGGCAGAAGGUAUGGAUUCUCAUCAGUUGCAGCCGCGAAAGCGUUUGAUUUAGCACCAAAUAAGUUCAUCGAUGGAAUAAAUGAGAUAGUCCGACAAAAUCCUGAUCUCUUUUUGCUUUUGAAAAUGCCUUCCCCAUUCGAGAAAGAGACAAGACCAGCUGACUCAUUGGGGAUUACCGAUCAAGAAAUUCAGACGGAAGUGCAUCCAAUUACAGUAUAUAUUGAUUCCAAGUAUACUUGGGACGAGUGGGAACUCAGAAGGAGAGCUUUGCAAUUGCUUUACAUUCGCAAAUGUGUAACCCAUAGCAUGCAAACAAUGUUGAGUAACUUUCGGCGAGAAAAUACGACGCAGGUCUACCUUCCAAAGGAUGAGGGUGUUCAAACGAAGCGCGAUAACUAUAGUCAAGUCCCAAAACCGAGUGUUUUCAUUGAAGGACUACGCGGUGGCCAACCAAUUGAUCAGGCUAAGGGAGCCAGUGGAGUAUUCCGUGGAGCACCUUAUUCGAACUGGUGCACAACUAUCCGCUCCACCGAGGCGACCAAAGUUGAUCUUACUCUUCCUAUUGAGGAUCACUUUUGCGGGGAAAUUAAUGGUUUAAAAAAUAUGAACCGAGUUUCGUGUACUUUGCGGACGGGUGUCAGUAGUUCCCUCCUAAAAAUAUUUAGUAGAAGUUUUGCCGUGAAAAAGAAGCCUAAUUAUGAGGAUCAACCUGAGAAAAUUCGUAAACCUGUGCUGGUAAAAACGCUGAGAGGAUUUCAAUUUGCUGACGGUGACCAAGUAUACAAAGGCGAUAUACUAGUUCGACAGUUGGGAAUGGAGUUUUAUCCUGGCGAAAAUGUUCGACUAAAUCGGGAUACAUGGGAUCUCGUGGCUCUGCGAAGUGGUCGAUUUACCAUCACAACUGAAACACUAUCACCUUAUCCUGAUAGUCCCCUCCACUCUCUUGUCAAUGAAGAGGGAAGAGUUAUACAGCGACCGUUCGUUCAUGUUAUUGCUCAUCAAACGGAACCCGUUUUCAAGCUUAAACGUUCACUCUAG